CACUGCCCUGUUCCGCUGCGUGCCUCUCCCCUGUGCGUCCCACGACUGGGGGGUCACCUCACAGACUCCAACUAUGGAUGACAUUUACAAAGCAGCGGUCGAGCAGCUCACAGAAGAACAGAAAAAUGAGUUUCGGGCUGCGUUUGACAUCUUCGUGCAGGACGCUGAGGAUGGCUGCAUCAGCACGAAGGAGCUGGGGAAGGUGAUGAGGAUGCUGGGACAGAACCCCACUCCCGAGGAGCUGCAGGAGAUGAUCGACGAGGUGGAUGAGGAUGGGAGUGGCACAGUGGACUUUGAUGAGUUCUUAGUCAUGAUGGUGCGAUGUAUGAAAGACGACAGCAAAGGGAAGUCUGAGGAGGAACUGGCAGAGCUCUUCAGAAUGUUCGAUAAGAACGCAGACGGCUACAUCGAUCUCGAGGAACUGAAGAUGAUGCUGGAUUCCACUGGAGAAGCCAUCACUGAGGAUGACAUAGAAGAACUCAUGAAGGACGGAGACAAAAACAAUGAUGGAAAGAUUGAUUAUGAUGAGUUCUUGGAGUUCAUGAAAGGAGUUGAAUAAAUGUGACAUGAAGACAAAAAUCAUAUUCCCCGCAAAGUUCAACAUGUGGUGUGAUUUUUGUAUUUUGCCUUUAUUUGGUUGUCUGGACUGGCACAGAGUGACAGGACUAAAUUUCAAGGCCAUCACUGGCUAUCAACAGAGCCAUGCAGCAAAAUUGAACACUCCUUCCAAACUGAUCCCAAGAUAGAUAGU